CGCAGCUCAUCCUCGCCGCCCGCUCGUUCUCCACGCUAAUCUCUCCCUCAGGUCGCCGCCGCCGUCGAAGUAGAGAGAGAGAGAGAGAGAGAAGACGAGCGAGGAAGGAGUGUGUCGUCGUCGCCGGCGGAGCAUGUCGUCGCUGGGGACGUCCAAGGGGAUCCUGGAGAUCGCCAAGUUCGGGGUGUACGUCUCCGUCCCCGUCGCGCUCACCUACCUCGUGGUCACCGACUCCAAGACCCUCAAGAAGCUCAUGGGCAUCCGCCCUUAUGUGGUUUAUCCUCCUGAAGGCCCACGCCCUCCUCCACCUGAAGAACUGCGUGAAAGGGCUCGAGAGAUUGCUCGGAAGAGGCAGCAGAGUUGACUCUAGGCAUUCGUGACUCGUUCCGUUUGCCGUGUGAACAUCACAUAUCAUAAAUCCAACUCACAAGUAUUGUACUGGUCUGCAACAUCUUUUUGCUGCUGUUGUAGUAAUACUCGACUGGGUUGCAGUGAUGCCUGUUGGCUGUCUGUUUUGAGAUGUGAAGAAUUUACUAAAUACAUUCACAAUAUCUUUGCUUGGAACUA